AUGAAUGAACGUUUGCAGAAAAUGGGAGAGUCUUCUCUAAGAAAUUUUAGAAUGGACAUUGAGCAAAGUUUGUACAAGUUUGAAGGAGAAGAUUAUAGAGAAAAACAGAAGCUUGGUAUGGUAGAAUGGAUUGAACCUCCUAAACGAGAACGCAAAGCGAACUACGCAGUGGAUGCCUACUUUAGAGAGGCCUUGCGAGUCAGUGAGCCAAAGAUUCCAAAGGCUCCUCGGCCUCCAAAACAGCCAAAUGUUCAGGAUUUUCAGUUUUUCCCACCACGUUUAUUUGAGCUCCUGGAAAAGGAAAUUCUUUAUUAUCGGAAAACAAUAGGUUAUAAGCUGGAAGAAGACAGAGGAGAGCGGAAACCUCAGGAAACAAGAGAUUUGAAGGGGCAGCUGUGA